GUUAAUUAUUGCAGUGAAUUAAUUAAUAUUAAUAUUUAAUGGCAGAAAGAGAGCAUCCUGUGAAGGCUUACGGAUGGGCUGCUAAAGACACCUCUGGCCUUUUCUAUCCUUUCAACUUCUCCAGAAGGGCAACUGGCGAGCAUGAUGUCCAAAUCAAGAUUCUAUACUGUGGUGUUUGCCAUUCAGACCUUCAUAUGGCCAAGAACGAGUUGGGAUUCACCCAAUACCCCAUUGUUCCCGGGCACGAGAUUGUCGGGACAGUAACCGAAGUUGGCGACAAGGUGACAAAAUUCAAGUGCGGGGACAAGGUAGGCGUGGGGUGCCUGGUCGGGUCGUGCCACCAAUGCGACAUGUGUAAUAGAAAUCUCGAGAACUAUUGCGCCAAACAAAUCCUUACCUAUAGCAUGCCUUACUACGACGGAACCAUAACGUAUGGAGGCUACUCCGACAUAAUGGUGGCCGACGAGCACUUUGUCAUCCGUUGGCCGGAAAACUUCCCCCUUGACAUCGGCGCACCCCUCUUAUGCGCCGGGAUCACAACUUAUAGCCCUUUGAAAUACUUUGAGCUAGACCGCGCGGGAUUGAGAAUUGGCAUUGUUGGCCUCGGUGGGCUCGGCCACCUUGCCGUCAAAUUCGCCAAGGCAUUUGGAUGUCGAGUGACUGUUGUUAGUACAUCGCCUAGUAAGAAGGAAGAGGCCAUUGAAAAGCUCGGUGCCGAUGAUUUUCUUGUCAGCACCGAUACAAACCAAAUGCAAAGCGCAAGAAGUAAAUUGGAUGGCAUAAUUGAUACAGUUUCUGCAACACACUCUCUUUUACCGUUGGUCGAGUUAUUGAAACCCGAAGCUAAGCUUAUAUUGGUUGGCCUUCCACAUGGCUUAGAAAUACCUAUUUUCCCAUUGCUCAUUGGUCGAAAAUCAAUUGUUGGAAGUGCAACGGGAGGACUGAAAGAGACACAAGAAAUGAUCGAUUUUGCAGCAAAGCACAACAUAUUGCCUGAUGUGGAAAUGAUCCCGAUGGAGUAUGUGAACACGGCCAUGCAACGUCUCCUCAACUCUGAUGUCAAGUAUCGAUUUGUCAUCAACAUCGCCGAUUCUUUGAAACCUCACUAAUUAAUCAAGGAUAUAUAUUGGGGUGCGUCACCAUAUAUCGAUCAUUUGGGCUAUUCUUGGCCGGCUACACAUUGUCGUAUAAUAAAAUUUGUAUUCAUUUGAUAUAUAUAUAUAAUGUUAAAUGA